GGGGGGGCCGCGCCGCGCGAGCCGUUGGGCCUGGCUCUGAGAAGGCGUUGCCGCUGCCGCCGCCGUUGCCGCCGCCAGGAAACACAAGGAGCGGGAGCAAGCACAGCGCGACGAUGGGCCGAAGUAGAGCCCCGCCGGAGAGCUUGGGCGGCCGCCGGUGACAGACUGUGCUCUGUCCACUGCGCUUCCUGCAUGUCCGGCUGCCCUGAGCUGUCCCGAACUAGGUGACAGUGUGUCACGCUGCCACCAUGAACGAAGUGUCUGUCAUCAAAGAAGGCUGGCUCCACAAGCGCGGUGAAUACAUCAAGACCUGGAGACCUCGGUACUUCCUGCUGAAAAGUGACGGCUCCUUCAUCGGCUACAAGGAGCGGCCUGAGGCCCCCGAUCAGACCUUACCCCCCCUAAACAACUUCUCUGUCGCAGAGUGCCAGCUGAUGAAGACGGAGAGGCCACGGCCCAACACCUUUGUCAUACGCUGCCUGCAGUGGACCACAGUCAUUGAGAGGACUUUCCAUGUAGACUCUCCCGAUGAGAGGGAGGAGUGGAUGAGGGCCAUCCAGAUGGUCGCCAACAGCCUCAAGCAGCGGGGCCCAGGUGAGGACCCCAUGGACUACAAGUGUGGCUCCCCCAGCGACUCUUCUGCAGCGGAGGAUAUGGAAGUGGCAGUUAGUAAAGCCAGGGCCAAGGUGACCAUGAAUGACUUCGACUAUCUCAAACUCCUGGGCAAGGGCACCUUUGGCAAAGUCAUCCUGGUGCGGGAGAAGGCCACCGGCCGCUACUACGCCAUGAAGAUCCUGCGGAAGGAGGUUAUCAUUGCCAAGGAUGAAGUUGCCCACACGGUCACCGAGAGCCGUGUCCUCCAGAACACCAGGCACCCGUUCCUCACGGCACUGAAGUACGCCUUCCAGACCCACGACCGCCUGUGCUUCGUGAUGGAGUACGCCAACGGUGGUGAGCUGUUCUUCCACCUGUCCCGGGAGCGCGUCUUCACGGAGGAGCGGGCCCGCUUCUACGGUGCGGAGAUCGUCUCGGCCCUGGAGUACCUGCACUCGAGAGACGUGGUGUAUCGAGACAUCAAGCUGGAAAAUCUCAUGCUGGACAAAGAUGGCCACAUCAAGAUCACUGACUUUGGCCUGUGCAAAGAGGGCAUCAGUGACGGGGCCACUAUGAAGACCUUCUGUGGGACCCCCGAAUACCUGGCCCCUGAGGUGCUGGAGGACAAUGAUUACGGCCGGGCCGUGGACUGGUGGGGCCUGGGCGUGGUCAUGUACGAGAUGAUGUGCGGCCGCCUGCCCUUCUACAACCAGGACCACGAGCGCCUCUUCGAGCUCAUCCUCAUGGAGGAGAUCCGCUUUCCGCGCACGCUCAGCCCCGAGGCAAAGUCCUUGCUGGCUGGGCUGCUUAAGAAGGACCCCAAGCAGAGGCUCGGCGGGGGGCCCAGCGAUGCCAAGGAGGUCAUGGAGCACAGGUUCUUCCUCAGCAUCAACUGGCAGGAUGUGGUUCAGAAGAAGCUCCUGCCACCCUUCAAGCCUCAGGUCACAUCUGAGGUCGACACAAGGUACUUUGAUGACGAGUUCACCGCCCAGUCCAUCACAAUCACACCCCCGGACCGCUAUGACAGCCUGGGCUCCCUUGAACUGGACCAGCGGACCCACUUCCCACAGUUCUCCUAUUCGGCCAGCAUCCGCGAGUGAGCAGCACGGCCCACACGGACGCAUGCAGGCUGCCAGCACCACCGGGGCUGCUUUCUUUUUUUUUUUUAAGUUUUUAUUUUGCCUUUUUUGUUUGUGUCCCCAUCCCUCACCUCACCGUUUCCAUUUUUUUCUUCAGCCCUCUCCCCAACUCCCCUCAGCGGUCCCAGCGGAUCCUGUCCUGCCCUUACCUUUGUGCCCAGAGCAGGACCGGGGAGACUCUGCGGCCUGCCCCAGGACUGGGCCUUUGGGCGGUUUAGAGAUUCCAGUUUUUAAUCCACACAAGCCCCAGUGAGGGCCCAGCUCGGCGCGGUGGGCCGUCCUGCGUGUCUGGCCGGGGUGCCCGCUGCGCCUGCCCGUGCGCUGCUCCCGGCAGGCUGCCUUCCCGCGGACGGGCGCCCAGCCGACAGCGCCCUGGUGCUGCCUCCCACGCCCUGUUCGGCUGGGCGGCCUGGCUCGGGGCAGCCAGCCCCUCCUCCGCAGGGGCAGAAAAGCAAUAAUGUCCAGGGGCCGGCCCGGGCCUUCAGAAGCUGCAGAUGGGGGCUUCGGGCUCCCUCCCUCUUGUGGAUGGAGACCACUCUGUCCUGCAAGGAGCCGGUGGGGGGGGGCAGGCGUUGGGGCACUGCCUCCUGGCCCUGCCUGCCGGCCCCCAAGCUGCUCUCCUGACCCUGUGAGGGAGGCAGGAGGAACAUUUGGGGACUCGUUUCCCCACCCCCAGCCCCGUGCCUUACCAAGGCUUCCUUCCAGCCGGCCUUGCCUCCCGCUGGACCCCAGGCCUGGCCUUGGCCCCAUGCAGGGUCGCCCGCUCCUUGGGGGUGGGGGGGUGGCGCCAGCCUCGGCUGUUACACAUCUCACACCGAGACAGUAUUGGGCCCCGGAGACAGGGUUGAGGAGGGGUGGGGGUGUCUGGUACGUCUUGGGGUGGGGGCCUCUGAGGAGGUGUCAGACCACCUCCCCCUCCCCCUCUCGGGGCCACGUUCUGCAGCCUUAAGGUGAACAUGUGUCAGUGCUCGGGCGCGCGCGUGUGUCUCGGCCCGUGUCCUCGGGCGUCUGGGACACGAGGCACGCGCUGUGUGUGGCAUGCGUGUUGGGUGUGUGUGUGUGAGGACAAGGGUGCCCCGGCCUCAAGUGUGCGCGGUGUAUGUGGCUUGGGCCUGUCCCUGGCCUGAGCAUUUCAUCCCCGGGGGGAGGGAUGCUGUCCCAGUGAGGGAGCCGCACCCGAGGUCCUACUUGCUGCCCUUGCUCCCCCUCAACAUCUCCAGGUGUUUGGAUUUAGUUUUUGUGGUUUUGAUCUCCCCACCCCACCUCCUGUACUAGGUAGUUCACAGAAAGACAUCCUGGGGUGGGGUGGGGGUUGGUGUGGGUGG